AGAGGAACUCCCCCACGCCACACUUCCUCCCCUGCUAAUCUUUAGCUUCUCUUCUCUGUCUCUCUCUAAAAUGGCAGGUCUUCAACUUCCGGCUCUGGUUCUAGGCUUCUCAGUCAUGUUUAUGCUAAUCUCACCCUCACAGUCACUCACAUGUACCUCACAAAACUUCACAAACAGCAAGCUCUACACUAACUGCACAGACCUACCUUCCUUAAGGGCCUACCUCCACUGGACCUACAACCCAACCAACUCCUCCCUCUCCAUCGCCUUCAUCGCUCCUCCGGCCAAACCGGACGGUUGGAUCGCCUGGGCCCUCAACCCCACCGGAGCCGGCAUGGCCGGCGCACAGGCUCUCGUCGCCUUCAAGCAAUCCAACGGCUCGAUGUCAGUCAACACCUACAAUAUCAGCUCCUACAGCUCCAUCGUCCAAUCGAAGAUCGCCUUCGAAGUCCCCGAUAAGAGCGCCGAGUACUCCAACGGAACGAUGAAGAUCUUCGCGACUCUCACAUUGCCGGCGAAUAGCUCGUCGAUGAAUCAGAUUUGGCAGGUCGGCGGCUCGGUUACCAACGGUUUUCCGGACAAGCACGAGUUUCGGCCGGCGAAUCUGAACGCUAAGGCGACUUUGGAUUUGGUGAAGGCAACUUCACAAAGUAACGGUACGACUCCGGCUGGGACUACGAGUAGCACUGAGUCUCCGGCGCCGAGUCCGACGAGUGGAACGACGACUCCGGGAGGAUCGGGCAGUGCUGACAACGGAGCGAUCUCGAUGAUCGGAAACAGGAACUUCGUGUUUUUUGUGAUCUGUUUUGUAGCAAGUUUUGUGCUUGGUUUUUAGAUUAGUAUGAUCAUAAUAAUGUAAUUUUUUUUCCUCACACUCUUUUAGCAGUCAGAGGACGAUUAUUGGUUUGGACGGCAAUAAGAGUUUUUUUUUUUUAAAAAAAGAUUAUUAUAAAUAUAAUUUGAGUAAAUCUCUUAAAAUUUCAA